AGUCCCCAUAACUUUAUUUGCAUGAAUACGUACUUGUUUGUCUGUAUGUGUACUGUAUGUAUGCACACGCCCAGAGAGGCCAGAAGAGGGUGUUAGAUCCCCCAGAGCUGGAAUUAACAGAUGGCUUGGAGUUACCUCUGUGUAGGGGCUGGGCCCAGAACUGGGUCCUCUGCAAGGGUAGCAAAUGCCCUUAAAUGCUGAGCUCUUUCCAGCCUUUAUGUCUUUCAUCUGUCGAGUAUCCCAGUCUACGCUGGUUUACUUUGUUUCUACAAUUAUUGUUAAAGUCAAAUUCUGCCAGUCAUAUCGUCUGUUGUGUCUGGUAACUUCAACUCACAGUCAUCUUUCCUGUCUGAAUAAUCAUAAUCGUAGUAAUCAUUCCAACCAGCGUGUUAGCAUGUCUCCUCCAUUAUGUCAGGUACUGUUCACCACAGCACGGGCACACAAUGAGUAAGAAGCCUAGCCUUGAAGAGCCAGUAUGCGUGUAUGACCACUCACACUGGGCUUUUGGCCGUUGGUGUGAGGACAGUUAGCAGUGAUGUUAAAGAAGAAACUGACCCAGGACAGAGAUGGCUCUAGUAAGUCUUGCCUGUCGUCUGUCUGUGUCACUUGAAAGCCAGUUAACAUUUUUAACCACUCUGCGUGGCUAGGCAUUUUUAGUAGAUCUUAUUUUAGUUCAGCGGCUGCAGGAACGACAGGGUAGUCUCAGUUUUUACUGUAGUAGUUGUCGUGGAAGGAAAUGGUAUUUUCUGUCAUCUACUCUGUGUAGCUGCAAAGUUAAGAGGAAAAAUGUGGAGAAAUGUUUAUCAGGCGCUUUAAAGGACACAGGCUGCGACUACUACAAUUUGUGAUUACAGUUAUGUAAAACACCAGGGGAAAAUGUAGAGAUCAUUGAUAGGUUGUUUCUAAACAGCAGUGCCCUGGGCUGCUCGCUCUUGGCUUUGUGCCUUCCCUUCCUCAUCCUUUUGCUUUAUUUUUGAAGUCUUUAAUGAGUUUUGUUCUUUUUUAUAUAGAUAUAUAAUUUUUUAAAAGUUGUGUUUUGUUUUGAUUUCUCAUAGUUACAGUACUGGGAUUUUAGAUUUGACAUUAGUAAAGGGAAAACCUGAUUUGUUUAAUACAAGUAGCCUCUGCCUUUAUCUAGUUUCUUCACAGCAGCACCGAAUUGGAUGAAGGAGGAAUGUCCCUGGAGUUCAGUUGUUUGCUCAUGUAUUCUUUGUGACACAUUUCAGCGAUUAAUUGCCAUUGGCUUUGGGUAGGAGAACAGCUGUGGCGUCAACAAAUGGUUAAGGGGGACUGAAGUACCUGCCCUGCCCCCAUCAUUAGGGACAAACAAAAGAGCCCGAGUGAUUGCCUGGCUUGCUGUUGCUGCACUUUGAGCACUGCCCUGUGCCAGCCGCUGAGCUCCCGGGCUGGGAUGGGGAGUAGGGGGAUGGGACUAGGGCUUGGGGGAGGGAAUGAUUCUCUAAGGUGAUGAGAGUAAGGAGGGCAGGUUGCUUUCAUGGGAAGCAGAAAGUUACCCGACCGUGUGCCCAUCGCCCGUGUGCCUGUCAUUUGUUCCUGCCCAGUGGACAUCCCUGUCUUUAGAAUGAGGUGCAACCUCGCAGCUGUCCUCAAGCUUAUGGUGGAUGGAGCCGACCCUCAGACAGCUGCUUCUCUUUCUUUGGCCACCACGGUUUAAUUAAAGCACUUCUGUGUUUGUUUUGUUCUUUCUUUUGCUAACAAAUAACAGUCUGGGCUUAUGUAGCUCAGGCUUGCCUGGAACUCAGUCUGUGCCUCUCUCUGUCUCUGUCUCUCUCUGCCUCUAUCCCCCCCUCUCUCCCCAACCCCUCUGUGUGUGUGUGUGUGUGUGUGUGUGCGCGCGCGUGUAAUUGCUUUCUCUUAUUUUUUGAGACAUGGCCUCUCACUGAACCGAGGACUGGUCAGAGUCUACUUGGCAGAGUGGACAGCAAGCCCCAGGGGGCUUCCUGUCACUACCUGUCCAUUGCUGGGAUUGCAGCUUGUGCUGUGUUGCCUGGGUUCUGAGGGAGCCUCUCAGGCCGUCAUGCUUGCAUGGCCUUACUGAGCGAUUCUUCUGCCUCAGCUGUUGGCGCACGGUUACAGGCUGCAUGAUAGAGGCAGUGAAUCUCAAAUCCAGCAACCGAAACCCAGUGGUACAUGAAUUUGAAAGUGUGGAAUUGUCUUGCAUCAUUACGGACUCACAGACAAGUGACCCUAGGAUUGAAUGGAAGAAAAUCCAAGAUGGCCAAACCACAUAUGUGUAUUUUGACAACAAGAUUCAAGGAGACCUGGCAGGUCGCACAGAUGUGUUUGGAAAAACUUCCCUGAGGAUCUGGAAUGUGACACGAUCGGAUUCAGCCAUCUAUCGCUGUGAGGUCGUUGCUCUAAAUGACCGAAAAGAAGUUGAUGAGAUUACCAUUGAGUUAAUUGUGCAAGUGAAGCCAGUGACCCCUGUCUGCAGAAUUCCAGCCGCUGUACCUGUAGGCAAGACGGCAACACUGCAGUGCCAAGAGAGCGAGGGCUAUCCCCGGCCUCACUACAGCUGGUACCGCAAUGAUGUGCCACUGCCUACAGAUUCCAGAGCCAAUCCCAGGUUCCAGAAUUCCUCUUUCCAUGUGAACUCGGAGACAGGCACUCUGGUUUUCAAUGCUGUCCACAAGGACGACUCUGGGCAGUACUACUGCAUUGCUUCCAAUGACGCAGGUGCAGCCAGGUGUGAGGGGCAGGACAUGGAAGUCUAUGAUUUGAACAUUGCUGGGAUUAUUGGGGGAGUCCUUGUUGUCCUUAUUGUUCUUGCUGUGAUUACGAUGGGCAUCUGCUGUGCGUACAGACGAGGCUGCUUCAUCAGCAGUAAACAAGAUGGAGAAAGCUAUAAGAGCCCAGGGAAGCAUGACGGUGUUAACUACAUCCGGACGAGUGAGGAGGGUGACUUCAGACACAAAUCGUCCUUUGUUAUCUGACACCUGUCGGCUGGGAGAGCACAUGCAAGUACCUCUGUUGGAAGCUGGUCACAGGGCUGCUGUGAGCCCAGAGCUCCUGACAAAGCCACCCGGGCAGAAGCUUUUUGUUUUGGCCAAAGUUGAUGACUCCUUCCUUCCUUCCUUCCUCUUUAACAAGCCACAAGAAUAAAAGGAAGCCUCCUGAAGAUGGAUGUAGACACAGACUGUUGCUAGCCUGACCUCAUUAUGGGGAUUAGGGUGAUCUUCAAGGCCUUUCUGGUCUCCGUUCUCCCAUGCAGGGCAAUUUGGACUGUUUUUGCCCCAGGCUGUUUAGCUGCCAGGACAACACUGGCAGAGAGAGGCUGAGGCGCUGGGCUGCAGUAGCAGCAGGCAACAGCCUGAUGCCUGUGACAGUGCCCCAGGAAGGUUUUCAGGCAGUGCCUUGCUCCCUGGACCCUGACCCACCGUGUUGCCUCUGUUGAUUGGCCAGUACUGUCAUUUCCAUCCUGGAGAAUGUGUUUGGAAUCAGCAUUUUAUAAAAAACCCAAAUCAGAAAGGUGAAAUUGCUUGCUGGGAAGAGGGCUCUGACCCAGGAAACUCUCCUUCCCAAGAGAUGCCAGGAGAUAGGAGAACCUGUCUGUCUUAAGUCUGAAAUGGUACUGAAGUCUCCUUUUCUAUUGGUCUUGCUUAUUUUAUAAAAAUUUAACAUUCUAAAUUUUGCUAGAGAUGUAUUUUGAUUACUGAAAAUUUCUAUAUAAACUGUAAAUAUAUUGCCAUACAGUGUUUCAAAACGUAUUUUUUUAUAAUGAGUUCAACUUAAGGUAGAAGGCUUGGGCUGCUAGUGUUUAAUUGGAAAAUACCAGUAGUAAAGUCUUUUAAGGAGUUUUCUUAAGGAGGCUGGCUGAAUAUUCCUUUGUUCAAAAGAAGUUUUAGCAUUUUUCAUAAGAAAACUUACUCUGUCUGACCACUGUUGCUUAGGAAACCAUUAAAGAAUUCCAAUCUA